AGUAACAUUCAGUCGUGAACCUGAGCAGUGUUAGGACCCAGAGCAGAGCAGCUGUCAGCGUGUGUGUGCAGUAAAUAUAGCAGCAGUGUGUGGUGUCACUGGUGUGUUGAUCAGAUGAUGAGGCCUGAACACACCAGAUGAGUCUGAGCCCUCCGUUCUCCUGCCAAACACGAAUCACUGUCGCCUGAGAGUUCUUCUAAGGGGAGCACGAGCCUGAAGACGGCUGACAGCUGGAUGUGAGUCGGUGUGUCCUUGGUGGUCCUUCACUCACCGCUGCCUCUGAGGGGUCAGUGAGGGAAUCUGGGAAUCUGUGUUUGUUUGUGGAUAUUAAGAAUAGAUCAAGGAAGCCUCUGAGGGUCAGUUCAACCACACGCUGAUCAGGAUGCUGCAACUGUGUAAAGUCACCAAUGCGCUGUUCAUCAGUAACGCCCGUUCAGCCUGCAGCGACGAGCUCAUCCAGCAGGAGGCGGUGACACUGUGCAUCAAUGUGUCAAAGCAGCAGCCGUUUCCCUCCACAGGCGUCACCAGGCUGCAGGUCCCCGUCUACGACGACCCCAACGAGGACCUGCACAGCCACUUUGACCGCUGCGCCGAUGCCAUCCAGCAGGAGGCCGACCGCGGAGGACGCAGCGUCGUCUACUGCAAGAACGGACGCAGCCGCUCGGCCAGUAUCUGCGUCGCCUACCUGAUGAAGCACCGCGACCUGAGCCUGACAGCUGCCUUACAGAAAGUGAAGACGUCUCGUCACGUGAUUGAUCCGAACCCCGGCUUCAUGUCUCAGCUGCAGAGAUACGAACAGGAUCUGAAGAAAAGACGAGGACAGACGGAGUCCUGAUCGUCGACCGGAAGCCUUCAUGGGGUCCUGAAGAUAAAAUUACAGAUUAUCCGAUGGUACACAAACCUUCUUCCUCCUUUUCUGGUGCCGUCGCUUAGAACCGAAUUAAACUGAAUCAUUUGACCAAAGCACACCGGACCUCAUCGUGUGAGUUCUGACCAGACCGUGUGGAGGUACAGUAACGUGUGUGUUACAUAACAACGGCCUUCAGCACUUGUUAACACAUUAGGCCUGAAAAUGCUCUGUGUCCCUUUAAGACUCCGCUAAUGUACAAAACUGUUGAAGAAUGAAAUAAAGCUAUAUGGUCACUCAGGA